AUGGCAUCCGGUAUCCCCAUGGGCGGCUUCCAGCUGGGGCCGUCCCUCAACAGGAGACUCAGCAGGCUUUAUAACGAUACGAAAAAGUCCUCAGACUUCGUUAAAGAGCCCGUCCAACAUGCCGAGGCCGAUCCCGAGAUCAAGUCUCUCCACCGCAAGCUCAAGAUCCAAAAGGACCGUCUUGUCAGCUGGGGGCUGGAAUGGUCCGAUCCUACUCACUCCGCCGAAGUCUACAUUGACUCGUCCCUGUCCAAGGCCGGCCUCAGCGAAGUCGUUGGGAGUAUCAUGUCCACCAUCAAGGACAUCCUAGCUGAGGCUGAGCCACUAUGGAAUAGCUCCAAGCAGUUGACCGGCGAGAGCAAUGAGCCCUAUCAACCACCAAAGCGGGGAGAGAAGAUCAGGAUGGUGGUGUGGGACAAGAACCGCUUCGAGGACCUUAUCCGCGAUCUGACAACGUCCAUUGAUACCCUCUACGACCUGUCCCGGACUAGAUCUUCCUAUGCCCAGCAUUCAUCUGCCGCCCGUGAGAGACUUCAGAGGGCUGUUUCCUCCCCUACCGAAGACUAUCGCCCAUUCGAGUCUACCAGGAUCCAGACACCACAACAAAUCGAUCCUAGCACUCUCAUGAACCUACGCGACAUGCAGGCCGUGCCUAUGACCGAGGCUGGAAGCCAGGAGCCGGGGACAAGGGAGAUUGUCUUUAUGGGCAAGCAGGCCUAUGCCGAGUUGAUGCAACGGAUGGGCGCUCAAAUACCCUACGGACCUCUCCUUUUGGAAUAUGCGCCCUUUGACAGCCUCUACUCGAUCACGGGGAUAACACCACCGAUGGCCAAGUUUGAACGUUUGUCGUCCGGUCUUCAAGCCGAUCCCCAACGUUCAUCCAGUUCUUGGACUGGUCUUCCUCGCCUAUUGGCCUAUUUUGAGGACAUGGAGAACUCAAGGUUCGGUCUCGUUUACAGAUUCCCUCGAACCUUCAAUCCGGUGACCUACGAGAACCUUACCCAGAAUCCAUUGUACUCCAUGUGCUCGUUGGGAGAUCUGCUUGCUCGUCCCGACUUUGAACCGAAGCUUGAGGCAAAGUUCCGUCUGGCUGCCAACCUGGCCAACACCGUCUUUGACAUGCACGCCAGGGGUAUCACUCAUGGCAACCUGCUUAUUGAUAAUAUCUCCUUCUGCAAUGCAGUCAGCACCGACCCAGAGAUCAGCGGAAUGAGUCGAGGCGAGGUCGACAUCAGACGACCUUUGGUCUCAUCAUUUGACUUGUUCUCAGAUCCACAAUCACAAGACGAACCUGAACCCUUCACGCCUUAUAGGCAUCCGUUAGACCCAAAGAACAGUACCCAAAGUCCUCUCUCCAACAAUGCGGAUUCCAAGACAUUGGAUCUUUACUCUUUGGCCAUGAUUCUUAUCUCGGUCGGUCUUUGGAACAAGCUGGAGAGUAUACUCCCGGAUGUCCAGAAUCCAGUUGUUUCCGACGCCAUCCUUGACCAGCUCGCUAUUCGAUGCGGUACGCUUUACAUGAAGGCAGUUCAGACCUGCCUGAAGGCAGUUGACCAGGAGAUUGGUGGCCAACAUACUGUGGACGAGAUUGCUCGCCAUGUUGAGUUCAAGGCUAGUCGGUAUCUCGAAGCAUGCUGCAUUUUGGACGGAGUGAGCAAUUUGGAGGAGAGACUUGGAGAUGACCUCUCUCCUGCACCGCCAGCUUUGCAGAUUCCUUCAGAGCCAGUUGCUUCUGGUUCUGGCUCAUCCAAGGAGACAAAGUCUGAAAAGACUUCUAUCGAAAAGCCAACUCCCAAAGCCCGCAAGAGUGAGGAAUCAGAUCCUUCCAUUACUGUGGUACCAGUGCACCCUGAACUGGAAGUGCGGGCCAAGAUUCAAGCUCGGCAAGCAAAUGACUCUUCCAUCAAGGAAAAGGCACGCCUUUACCCACAUGUACCGCUGCCACCCGAUGUCGUCGAACAGUGGAACUCUGUUCUCAUGCCCGAGAUCAACUCGGCUCUCAAAGCCUUCUACCGAAAGAACCCCGAGUCCGUUGAGAUCUCCCUCGAAUCGAUCGGCGAAUCGCCACAGCGUACCAAACCUACCAUUCUGGUCGUCUGCACUUCGGUAAACAAGGUCAGGGCCAUUUUGAAGAAGAAGCUGGGCGUUCUGUUCGAUGGAACAAGGUCGAAUCUCGGACUCAAGGUGUGCAAAGGUCAGGUUCUCCGAUCGCGGAAGCAGGUUAUUAACCGUAGCAUGGCCAACUCGGACGAUACUGGAGAUGUCAUAGCCGCCAACCCGUCAUACCAGCCAACGCCACAGAAUGGGGCGAGUAUUGGAGCAUGGAUUGGCGAUCGACACUUGCCGCCUGUCAGUUUGGGAGGACUCAUCGUGGUGGACGAUAAGCCCUACGGGAUGACGGUGCAUCACAUGUUGGAUGACCCAGAUUCCGAUCAAGCCGCCGAUGAUAAUACAAGGAGUAUGGCAGGUGGGGGUCUAAACGAUUUGGCCGCAUGGUAUGCUCAACAGUACUCAAACACCGACGAAUCCUCCCCCGAAAGCAGCGAAAACGAUGACUAUGCCUGUGAAUUCUCUGACACCGAUUCCGAAGCCUAUUCCGAAUCCGCCAUAACCAGCGAAGCUUCUGACGAUGGCGACUACUAUGAAGAAGAGGAGCAGUUCACCGAACCAGGUGACAUCCCCGGCAUUGAGCCCGGCUGCGGCGAAGGCUUCAUCAUCACGCAGCCGGCUCUAGAUGACGUUGCCUCUGACUUCUACCCCUCCGCUGAGGACAAAGACCAAGACCACCUCGACACCUUCCGGGUCGGGGAGAUGUACGCCUCCAGUGGUAUUCGGCGGCGGAAAGAAAACGGGCUCGUGCACGAAAUCGACUGGGCCCUCUUCGAAUUCGAAGACGAUCGCCAACCAUCUGAUAACUUUAUUCCCAAAGCUUCUAACAAACACACCCGUCUGUCCAGCAUUCCCCCCGACCAAAUCCCAACAAUCCUCCCAACCUCCAUCGCCCCCUCCCAUACCCUUCCCGGUCUCCAAGUGCAAUGCAUGGCCCGCACCUCUGGCCUGCAAACAGGCACCAUCCUCCCCACCCUCACGUCGGUGAAAAUACUCGGUCGAGCAUCUCCCAGUCACACUUACCAAAUUUCGGGUACUCCUUCUCUCGGUCUCGUACCUAACCGUCCCAACCGUCCCUCCGGAUCUGGUGACCAAACGAUCAACUCCCGUCGCCAGCCCCUGCCCAUGGGUAUCCCCGGCGACUCCGGAGCCUGGGUGGUAGAAAGAGACGGGGGCAGUGUCUGCGGUCACAUCCUGGCAUGGAGUAGCAGGAAGAGGGUUGCCUACAUUUGUCCCAUGGAGGUUUUGGUCAGAGAUAUUGCUGAGGUUCUGGAAGCGGAGGAGAUCAGGUUGCCCGGCCCCACAGGCGCAAUCAUUUAUCAGUCUUAUGAAGACAGGACCCCGGGAGUGAGCAGACAGGCGAGCAAGUCCAGUACGCGGACAGUUGGUGGAGGGUAUGGAGGUGGCGGUGGGCAGAGCAUAAGCAGACAAACAAGCGCGGCAAGCGCACGCACAUAUAUCGGGCAGCAGGAUUUCGGGUCGGCGGGCCUGGGUAGGACUUUUUCCAGAGGGAGUGCCUUUGCUGGUAUUGGGCCGCCGGGGUAUGAUGAUUACCCUGUGAAUGAAAAUGAACCCGGACGGCAGUCAAGCGUUCGACGGUCACAAAAGCAAGUGGAAGAAGAGUAUUUGCCUGCUUAUAGCGAGCUGAAACAGGCUCAAGCGGUGGCUGCUGCUGGUCUUUACAGACAGAGAGAGAGGCCAGGAACCAACAACGACGGCAACAACGACGGCAAUAAUAACAGGAAUGAUGAUGAUAACGAUGGAUAUGACGAGGGAGUAGAGGAUUUGGAGCACGAUUUUAAGGAUCUUGCGGCACUAGAGGGUGCGAUGCCAUUUGGGGUGGAAAGGUGGGGGACUGGUUUUGCUUAAUGUUGGAAGUCGUGGAAGUUGUGGAAGUUGGAUGUACUACUUCUUAGGUACUAUUUUCUUGUUUGAUACCCUGAACGUUUUUGGUGUAGUACACUGGUUGGAAAGAAGGCGAUUGAUUCUGAGCACAACAG